AUGCUCAGGCUGCUGCUGUUCAGCCUUCUUUGGCGCACUGCCAGGCCAGCCCAAUGCGGCGAAAGCCAAGCUCCGAACUGGACAGCCGUCCGUGAGGACCUCAUCACCUAUGCCACGUUGGCAGAGCCUGUGAUGCGCAGCCGGCGCUGCUUUGGCCUUGAUCAAGGCGUUUGGUCUUACUGCGGCAUUGCUGCGAUGCGGCUGCUGCAGAUGCAGCCAGGCCUCAUCAGCAACUCGCAGGAGCGCAAUUUGCAGCUGGCGCAGGUUCAAAAUCCUUGCCGGCUUGGGCAGGUCGCUGCUGACUUGUUCUCCCUGAGUUUCUUGACACCGGGAGAACGCCACGGGAUGCUCUUCGUCGCCGGCGAUCGACUGAACAAGCUUGGCAUGAGCUUUGCCGAGCUGCUGCGCUCUGGCUGGCCGAUCUUUGGGCUCCUGGCACGCCUUUCGGAGGUCGUCCUUUUCUCCGGGCAGGCUCGGCACAUCGAUUCGCAAUGCGCGGGGCCGGGAGCCGCUGCGCCAUUGCUGCAGCUGCGGGAGGAGCUCUCCCAGCGCGUGGCAGAGAGAAAGGUCGCGACAGAGGCACUGGCGCGGCGGAUUCUGGCGUCUUUGGCUCGUCUCGAGCCCAGGGACCAGUUCCCGACGCAAUCCCCAGGCUGCAGCAUGGCGGCUGCGGCCGCUUGGGCUGCCAUGGCAGAGGCGGCAGCGUUGCGUGAGGACACAGACGCCGAGAGCGCGUGCUUAGAGCGAGCAGAAUCCUUGGUACGCGCGGUUUCUACGAACUACACCAUCCUGGACUGGCUCAGCACGCAGUGGCCGACCUUCAGGAUCUUGCAUCGGUUGCAGUUCGGCUUGCUCCCUGAGGAGGCAGCUGCAGUUGAGGGCUUCUGGCUGCAAGAAGACCUUGUCCCAGAGGAUCCGGACACAGGUGGGCGCAUGAAGUUUGCCUUCAACAAGGGCUUUAUCAGGCCUGAUGCGCUGUACAUUGAUGUUGCAGCUGACAUCGUUGGUACAGAUAUGCUGAGAACUCUGCCAGCAUUCUUCGGAAUGCGUGCUGCGCGGCCUGGUGAGAGGUGGAACGUGGGGCUUGCAUACACCUCGAACGACUACGGCGAUCUCAUUCCGUCAAAGGACCUGUGGCGCCUCAGGGGUACCAGGCAGAAGCUAGUUUUCGUCCCGGACCUCCAAGAGGUCAUCGGCGAGAAGGACCAACAGUGCCGGGCGUACUACGACGCGCUUGACACGUGGCAAGUCAGCGACCGCUUGGCGAGCGAGGUGGGGGGCAUGCCGAAGUGUUUCGACAUGCCCGGUGCUGCAGAAGAGCUGCGCGCUUUCGCGUCGGAGACCCCGAAGCAGGGCGGACCCAUGGCCUUCGUUCGCAAGCCCGAAGGUGCCUGGGGCGGCCGAGGGAUUGAGAUUCGAUUCGGCGUGCACCAUCUCCUUGGUGCCGACGACGGUCCGGAGGCUGCGGCUGCGUGUGACUUCCUGCCGCUGGAGGAUGCGCAGUGCUUGGGUCUCGAAGCCGGACCUGAGGGGUCCUCAGCAACUGCGGCGACAUGCAGCGAGGCCUGCCGUGGCCUUGGUAGCGCCUGUGAAGCCUGGAACUGGCGCGAUGCCGAGGGCUGCUGGGUUGGCAUUCCGCGCUUCUGUACCGAUUCCAACCCGAUGUACCUCGGGGGCUGGCGGGGCGGCAAACGUCCCCGCGGUUCGCCGGAAGCUGUUCUGAGCUCUUCUGCCAAGCAGAGAGCGGUGGUGCAGCAGUACAUCUUGGAUCCCGUGCUUUACCAGCUGGAAGGCGUUUGGCCGCCUGUCACGGUGAAGACGGACAUCCGCAUCUAUGGCACAGUGGUCUCCAUGGACCCCUUCCGUUUCUACAUCAGUGAGUAUGGAUACUUUCGAUCUGGAUUUCUGGAAAAGAAUUAUUCGGCAUCGAAGGACGACGACUUCCAGGACGCGUUAAUGCACGUGACCCACCACAUUCCCAAGAUCGAGGCGGGCACCUACCAGUGCCCCACCGCCCCCAGCUGGGGGCAUCCCCGGGGCGCGGAGCACGAUGCCGGAUCAGGAGGUUCGCUGCACAAGUGGUUCAAGAUCGCCGAGGAGCAGAAUGGUCUGGACCCAAAGGUGGUCUGGAAAAACAUCAAACUCGCCUUGUCCAUUUUCCUGCUGGGCACGAGAGACAAGUUGGAUUGCGCCUCAAACGCCAUUCCCCAUGCUUGUGGCUCAGUCGGCUUCCACUUCUUUGCCGACUUGGUGGUCGAUCGCCGUGGCCGGGCUUACCUCAUGGAGAUCCAUCCGACCCUGGCCGUGAAGUCCCCGGGCUUGGGAGACCCCGAAGCUGGCUGGGUUGAGGUCCUCACGAGAUCUACCCGGCAGGGCACCGUCGGCUCCCUGGCGAUGAGCUUCAUCGGCUGGGCCAAUGCUCCCUACCGGCUUUUGCGAAUGGCAAAGAAGGGUGGUGAGACGAGAGGAUCGCCCGCGAAGAGGGCCAAAGUUGAUCCAAAGGCAACUGCCCUGGCUGGCUUGAGCCGUUUGAAUGAGGCGGAUAAGACGUCGAUUCUGGAGCGACUCAUCAAAGAUGCUAGGCUGAGCGCCAGCAAAGUUGUGUCUGAAGAGUUGGAGAAGCGGGAUGCCAAACCCAUCAAUGUGCAGAGCCUGCUGCAGAGUUUCGGCAGUCGUGCUUUCCGUGCUUUUCACCAGCUGGAUCGACUCCGACCUUCGCAGCAAUACGAGCAGAGCCACCGAGUGACGGGAGACAUCGAUGAACUCAUCGAGGAAGCCGGUCGCAUGAAAGCUGCACAUGCCAUCAUGGCCCUCGCGCGGGUAGCUGGGGUCAUGAGCCACGCCAGCGACACAGGACAAGUUUUCCAUGACACAGUGGCUUCAUGUGGUGGUGUGCCCUAUUUCCUUUCCGCAGCACUGCGGAAACAGCUUCAGCUUGUGAGUGCAGCUGACUGGCCAAGCUUGAAGGAGGCGUAUGAACAGCUGUCGAGAGUGCAAAGCCGCCUGGAGGACUACGCCAUUGAGGACUUCGAUGAUAUCGUCAGUGAGAUGGCCAAGCACUGCAAGGAAGGCUGA